GAUCGUAAUGCCAAUCUUGGUUAAUAAAAGGGGUUCACAAAAGGGAUUCUUUUACGUUCGCCGGUGCAGGAUGGCCAGUGGGACGGCCCUUGUGGCUAGAAGGCUCCGUGACGCUCAAGAAACUCAAUGUCUUGAUCUAUCCGAAUGCGACCUAACUAAGGUCCCUGACGCGGUCUACUUGAUGCUGAAGUCGGUUACCAUACACAAGUGUACAAUGGCAAACAAUUUGCUAACAAAGAUUCCUCCAAAAUUCCCCUCCAAUUUCAAACAGCUCAAGGAGCUAGAUUUAAGUGGAAACAAAUUGAACCAGUUUCCAGCAGACAUGCACGUGAUGCAGGGUAUACAGGUGCUGAAUCUCUCCGGAAAUGAUCUGGAGAGCGUCCCACCCUUUGUGUACUCACUUCCAAAUCUCCAGGAACUACAUCUGCAGAAUAAUUGCCUUAUGGGUAUUGAAGUGAGUCGACUUGAGGAUAUCGAUGGUUUAGGUCACGUGAAUUUACAAAACAAUCCCAUAUCAGACGAUCUGAAAUCUCAGUUACAGUCCUGUAAAUUUACAGUGUUGCUAGGCAACGAUGCAGUAUCUUAGCUUUAUCAAGAGAUGUCAUGUUUUUCUGCAUUUUCAUUGUUUCGUUGUGUCAGUGAGGCAUAUUGUUCUAUAUUUUUCGCUACAAUAUCCAUAAACUUAAUUUAUUACAUAUUUUGAACUGUUGCAACGAUAUACAUGUUUCCUAUGGAUUGUUUAUACAUGUUUUUAAGUGGACAUAUUUUACAAUUUGGAAUAAAAUAU